CAGUUAUUCUGAUCUGAAGAAUUUGGUGUUUCAGGCAUUAAGACAAUAGUCUGAGUUGUUCAUGGAGUUUUUCAUCAGUAUGUCUGAAACCAUUAAAUAUAAUGACGAUGAUCAUAAAACUCUGUUUCUGAAAACACUAAACGAACAACGCCUGGAAGGAGAAUUUUGCGAUAUUGCUAUUGUUGUUGAAGAUGUGAAAUUCAGAGCACACAGAUGUGUUCUUGCCGCUUGCAGUACCUACUUUAAAAAGCUUUUUAAGAAGCUUGAGGUUGAUAGCUCUUCAGUCAUAGAAAUAGAUUUUCUUCGGUCUGAUAUAUUUGAAGAGGUCCUGAACUACAUGUACACAGCAAAGAUUUCCGUGAAAAAAGAAGAUGUUAACUUAAUGAUGUCGUCGGGUCAGAUUCUUGGUAUCCGAUUUUUGGAUAAACUCUGUUCUCAGAAGCGUGAUGUAUCUAGUCCUGAUGAAAAUAAUGGCCAGUCAAAAACUAAGUAUUGCCUCAAAAUAAAUCGCCCCAUUGGAGAUGCUGCUGAUACUCAGGAUGAUGAUGUGGAAGAAAUUGGAGAUCAAGAUGACAGUCCAUCUGAUGACACUGUAGAAGGCACCCCACCGAGUCAGGAGGAUGGCAAGUCGCCUACAACUACGCUCAGGGUUCAGGAAGCAAUCUUGAAAGAGCUGGGAAGUGAGGAAGUUCGAAAAGUAAAUUGCUAUGGCCAGGAAGUAGAAUCCAUGGAGACCCCAGAAUCGAAAGAUUUGGGGUCCCAGACUCCUCAAGCCUUAACAUUUAAUGAUGGAAUGAGUGAAGUGAAGGAUGAACAGACACCAGGCUGGACAACUGCUGCCAGUGACAUGAAAUUUGAGUAUUUACUUUAUGGCCACCACCGGGAACAGAUUGCCUGUCAGGCAUGUGGUAAGACAUUUUCUGAUGAAGGCAGAUUGAGGAAACACGAAAAACUACAUACGGCGGACAGGCCAUUUGUUUGUGAAAUGUGUACAAAAGGUUUUACCACACAGGCCCAUCUAAAAGAACAUCUAAAAAUCCACACGGGAUAUAAACCCUACAGUUGUGAGGUGUGUGGAAAAUCAUUUAUUCGCGCCCCAGAUUUAAAGAAGCACGAGAGAGUUCACAGUAAUGAAAGACCGUUUGCAUGUCAUAUGUGUGACAAAGCCUUUAAACACAAGUCCCACCUCAAAGAUCAUGAACGAAGACACAGAGGGGAAAAACCUUUUGUGUGUGGCUCAUGCACCAAGGCAUUUGCCAAGGCAUCUGAUCUGAAAAGGCACGAGAACAAUAUGCACAGUGAAAGGAAGCAGGUUACCCCCAGUGCCAUUCAGAGUGAGACAGAACAGUUGCAGGCAGCAGCGAUGGCUGCCGAAGCAGAGCAGCAGUUGGAAACAAUAGCCUGUAGCUAGAGGUGGUGGGACAUGAACACUUUGCCUGACCCACGGAGACUGAGGUUGCAUUGUUCAUAAUAAAUGAACAUCAGUCACUGUAUUUUUUUUUUUUAACUUACGGAGCAUUGUACUCACUGGACUUAAGACAGUGCCUGGUUAGGUGUUUUUAAAGCUUUUCAAGGAAAUAGCGUUCAUUGGUUCUGACCAAACAGUUUCACUGUCCUGUCUGGUGUCUAGUAUUAAUGUUGCCAGUAAGUCCCGCCCCUUCUCUCUCUUUUUUUUUUUCAUGGUUUUAGUUUGAGGAUUCCUGUGUCCAGUUCAGAAGUGAGAGACUUCCAUUUUUAAUUCCUCUCUACACUGCUGCACUGGUGAACACACUGCACAGAGUGAUAAUUGAGUAAAUUGAUUUCCUAAUCCCAAUUAUAUGUGACUUAAUAGUCAAAACAGCAUUUUAAAUAACUUAAUAAAAGUACUUAAUGUAGACACAAAUACUGGUGGGUGGUUGACCAAGAACACUGCACAAAUAUGAAAAGUAGGCCUGGAAAUGUGGGAUGGUCUUCGAUUUGUACUUGAUUUGUAAUUUUCUAUCACUGUUUUUUACAGUUUUUGUGGACAAAUAAUGGUUGCUUUGCUGAAGUGUCUCUUCAUCCAUUUUGAUUGAUUGCCCAUACGUACCCCCAAAAAGUGGUAACAAGACUCAAAGGCUAAGCAAAUCCAUGGGGAUGUUGGUGAUCUGGGAGCUGAGUUCCUUCAUUCCUCUUAUUUGGGGCAUUGCCACUCUGAAAUGGAUGGGGUUUGUGGAGUGGACCAGUGGUGAAAGGUUUAGAAAAGGGUAAAUAGGAACCUGGCUCUCAGAGACAAUGUUUUCACACUUGCAAUAAUUCCAAGAUUUCCUAGAUCAAAAUAAUUCUUAAUUGAUUUUGAAGUUAGGACAAGAGCAGGUAUGCCUCUUCAGAUACAUUUGUGUAACUUAAUAGAAUGUUAUCAAGCUUUUGUGCUCUCUGUAGCAUAUGAUUUAUCCGUAAAGGAGAUGCAAUAUCAUUACUUAAAUUAAUACAUUUAAAAUCUUUUAAGUGUGUAAAUAGUAUAGAAGUGUUGGUCUUACGUAUUUCA